AUGUCUUACAUUAAAACCGUUUUUAAUUUAGCCCAAUUCAAUGAACUAAUUGCGUCGCAAAAAUUGACUGUAGUCGAUUACCACGCCGUGUGGUGUGAACCAUGUCGCGUGAUCGCUCCAAUCUUUCAACAAUUGAGUACGAAAUUUAGGCAUGUUAAUUUUGCAAAAGUCGAUGUUGAUCAAGCCAGAGAAGUCUCGGAAAAAGAGGGUGUUACUUCAAUGCCAACUUUUAAAUUUUACAAAAAUGGAAGCGAAAUUGCAAAAUUAACAGGUGCUAAUCCAGAAGGGCUCAGACUUUUGGUUGAGCAACAUGCGGGAACUCCUGAAGAAAGUGGAUCAAGUAAUUUAAUCGUUCAAGGUCAUGGAGAGAAUCAUGGCAUUAGAAAUAUCUUUAAAAAAGAUAACACAUAUUUAGAAUCCGAUGUAGAUGAACAACUUUUGAUUUCUGUACCUUUCAAUCAAGCCGUCAAAAUCCAUUCUCUAAAGAUUGUUGCAAAAGAUAUUGAACAUGCCCCAAAGACAAUCAAGAUUUACGCCAACAGAUUGAACAUUGGAUUUGAUGAGGUUGAUUCAAUUAAAGAGACACAAACCCUCGAAUUGGACGAAACGCAUUAUGAAGAAAAUGCCAUUAUUUCUUUAAGAUUUGUUAAGUUUCAAUGUGUCACAAAUAUUUCUUUAUUUGUACAAGAUAAUCUCGGAGACGAAGAAACAACCAUCAUCAAGGAAUUGCAUUUCAUUGGGUCCCCGGUGGAAACAACCAAGAUGGAACAUUUAAAAAAAACUGAGCAAUAA